ACCUAGGGUCCAACCACACCAACAGCGUAAACAUUUCCAUUGCAAUCUGUUUCUUGUGCAUUCAUCUAAAGGGACACCAUGGCGCAAGCCAACGGUAUCGUCGUCCAUGUUACAUCCCACCACCAUGAGCAGGCAGCACAAGUGCCUGAUUCUCCCGUUUCCCGUCCGACAUUUGCCUCGCGUCUUUAUCACCUUGCAGCUCUCUGGCUCCUCGCCGUCCUUCUCAUCUCAUCCCUCCUCGCCCUUCCUGUAUCCCUUGUCUUCCUCCCCCUCGCAGCGGUCGCAGCCGUUCCUGUUGUCACAGCAUUCACGAUAUGUCUCUUUUGCGUCAGAACAAUAAUGGGUAUCCUUGACCUUGAAAAGCACAUGAUAAAAGCAUUAUUAAGAGGUCGACGAACGUUAAUCGGCCAAUUCAAAUUCGUGUUUCAAGGGCUGUCUGUGUGGUUGGAAAAUAAAAGAGAGUUCCCGGUUAAAAGAGAGCAAUUUGGUGUUGAUCUGCCUGAUUCAGAUCCAGCGUUUACCAUACUUCGGACACCGGAAUCUGGUAAUGAAGACAACGACUCUGCUUCAACGGAUCUUCAAGAUAGGAGCGGUCAACAUGCAAACGAAGCGAGAUCUGACGAAGUCACGUCCAAUUUGAGUCAGAAAGACGAUGAAUCUUUGUCAAAUAAAUCAAUGGAGCUGGAAAAGGAACCAUUGCAUCAGCAGACUUCAUAUUUGGAGCGACGUUCAUCCCUCUCCGAGAAACCGGUUGCAGGGUUACGACAUGCGCCCAAAGUCGCUGUACGCCACUUGCGCCCGGGAGAUGAGCAUUUCAUUGCCAUUUGCCAUAAUCUGCUCUUAACCACCGGAACGGGGGAAGACCUGCCACCUCCACGUGUUGGGCUGGUGGAUGACACUGAGCAUCACAUCCUGUCAUAUUGGCGGGCGGAUACAGGAAGAAACAGACCAAGUGACACACUAUCUACUCGGGAUCUUGUUGGAUUCAUCGAGUACUUUCAUGGCGCCGAAGACUCCUGCCAUCUCUGCAUCGAUAAACUCUACGUCAACACAGCCUACGAAGGACUCGGCUUCAGUCGUCGACUCAUUAAAGAACUGCAUCGUCUUCCCGGAAUCGAAACCAUCGAAGUGUGGAGUUUGUGGCAUACAGAGCAUUUUUAUAAAGAACAUGGGUACACGACUGUACCGCACCCGCAAGGAGGAAGGGUUGAGGCUGAGUGGGGCCCGCUGUUGAUAUGGGUGAAGGCUGAUAAUGAGGUUGAGAAUCCGAGAGCCAGCAUUAUUGGCAGUGGAGCACAUGGGUUUUGAGAGGCAAGGAGGGUUAUUUGUUUUUUGGAAAGAUGCUCGUCGGCGUGCGUGGUUUCCUCCCGUAUUGGCCGAUAGUUUGUCGUGAAUACCUUUUUAAAUGUUGCUCGUUUGUCGUUUCUUGGUAGAGUAAUUAAGAGAGAAUUGUGGGUUGAUAUCCCUUUGCCUGA